GAUUUAUAUGAUGUAUUGUUUCAACCACAAAUUGCCCAAACUAAUAGGUAAACCAUCAAAACUUUCGUCCUUUUCUCCUCCUAUAAAAUGACAUAUUUACCCCUACUGACUCAACCGACCGACAACCCUCAGUGGCUCUCACCUACCUGUAAAGUCUCGGCUACCGGGCUGGAAACACCUUCCCAAAUUAUUAUGAAAUGAGGAAGAUGCUCCCUUAACCCUAGACUCCCAUCUCCUGUAUCCAUGAAUCAAUUCAUUAUAUAGCUUAUCCAUCUCUUCACCUUGUCUUGGAACCUCCCUUCAUCAGUCAACCCCUUGAGUAGCCUCACACCAUGGAAGCAACUGAUGAUCUACAAACUCCCCACCUUAUCCUUCUACCCAGUCCAGGUAUUGGCCACUUAAUCCCUCUUGUAGAGCUAGCCAAAAGACUCAUCCUCCACAACUUCUCCAUCACCUUCACUAUCCCAACCGAUGGUAACCCUUCUAAAGCUCAACAAGAUCUCCUUGAUUCCCUACCCAAACCCAUCAACUACAUCUAUCUCUCCCCUGUUGAUCUCACUGACUUACCCAACGAUGUCACCAUCGAAACUCGCAUCAGCCUCACAGCGACUCGUUCCCUUCCUUCUCUCCGUGAAACCUUGAAGGCCUUCUCUGCAACUCAUCGAGUUGUUGCCUUAGUCGUUGAUGGCUUCAGUACUGAUGCUUUUGAUGUAGCUAAGGAAUUCAAUAUUUCCCCUUACCUGUUCUUCUCAUCUGCAGCUAUACUUCUUUCUUUGAUUCUCUAUCUUCCAAAGCUCGAUGAGAUGUACACUGGAGAGUAUAGAGACAUGCCCGAGUCGCUGAAAUUACCCGGGUGUGUGCCGAUUCCUGGAACUGAUUUGGUGGAUCCGAUGCAAGACAGGAGCAAUGAUGGUUACAAGUUCUUUCUCCACCACUCCAAACGUUUUAGGAUGGCUGAGGGUAUUUUGAUAAAUACCUUCAUGGGCUUGGAAGUGGGGGCUCUUAAGGCUUUGAAGGAUGGAUCAGACCCAACCAUUCCACCGGUUUACCCAGUUGGACCGCUCAUUCAGAUGGGAUCGAAGGUCGGGGUUGAUGAUCAAGUGGAGUGCCUGCGAUGGUUGGAUGAUCAGCCGACCGGUUCGGUUCUAUUUGUAUCGUUUGGGAGUGGUGGGACCCUUUCACUAGAGCAGCAAAAUGAAUUGGCCUUAGGAUUGGAGUUGAGUGAGCAAAAAUUUUUAUGGGUCAUGAAGAGUCCAACUCAAACCACUGCAAAUGCUUCCUAUUUCAAUGCCCAGACCAUACAAGACCCAUUUGCUUUCUUGCCUGAAGGGUUCUUGGAGAGGACCAAAGGGAGGGGACUAGUUGUACCCUCAUGGGCUCCUCAAAUACAAGUUCUUAGCCAUGGCUCGACCGGAGGGUUCAUUACCCAUUGUGGGUGGAAUUCGACCCUAGAGAGCGUGGUGCAUGGUGUGCCAUUGAUUGCAUGGCCUCUUUAUGCAGAACAGAAGAUGAAUGCAAAGAUAUUGGUGGAGGAUUUGAAAAUUGCACUGAGACCUAGAUCAGAGGAAAAUGGAGCAGUGGGGCGAGCCGAAAUUGCGACCACAGUGAAAUGCCUCAUGGAAGGAGAGGAAGGAAAGAAAAUUCGAAACCGGAUGAGUGUCCUCAAGGCUGCAGCAGAAAAGGUUCUCUAUGAGGAUGGAAACACACCAAACUCACUAUCAGAGGUGGCACAAAAGUGGAAGUGAUGUUGCCAUUUGAUCUAGAAUCUAGUUUCUCUUCACCCAUGAUGAAAAGAGAAUCUCUUCAUCCACCCAUCUAUCCCUUUGGUUCCACUAAAUAAGGUAUUUCAAAUCAUGAAUAAUAAGAGUGGGAGUUAAAGAUGAACCCUAAGUCCUAUCAGUGUCAUCUUCUCUGUUUAUCAUGUAUUAUAAAAUACUUCUUAAACUUGCAAAAAAGAAAGAAGAUAAUGGUGAGGAUUGUAAUUUUCUUUUCUUUUUUCAAAUUAUUAUAUAAUUUUUUUCUUGGCUCUA